UUUCGCGUGAAGGAGUCUCUUAAUCGUGUACGUGGAUGUCGUAUGGUAUUAAUUAUUAAAUAUUUCGUAAUUAUCUUUUUUUUGUAGAUUACGUGCGUUCGUUCGUAUAUGUUUAGUGCUUGGAAAGAAAUAUGUCAUUCUCUAGGAAAUACUUCAAACGGAUCCCGAUUUAUGCGGUAGAGAGCCACAAUGAGGUGCUACCAUUCAUUUAUCGGUGUUUGGGAUCGAAACACCUUCCGUUCGAAGGAAACGCGUUCGUGCAUUUAGAUUCGCAUCCUGAUAUGCUUAUACCGAAAACGAUGUUGGCGAACACUGUAUGGGAUAAAAAUCAAUUGUUUAGUGAAAUUAGCAUCGAAAAUUGGAUGUUGCCUGCUGCAUAUGCCGGUCACUUUAAGCACCUUAUCUGGGUCAAACCACCGUGGGCGAAUCAAAUGGUCGAUGGCGUGACAACCUUCUUCAUCGGCAAGCACAAGGACAACGGAUCAAUAAGGUAAGUUCUCAUCGCAUUAUUUUAUUUUUAUUGCAUGUCAAACUGAACCGUGGUUGUAAAUGCACCAUGAAAAACUUCGACGCUAUAAUGGAUGUUAAUCGUUACGUUGCAUUUCUACAUUGUGCAAACACAUGAGUGCAAGCAAUAUAUGUGCAAUGAUCAUUUAAUGCAUAUUUUUAUCGAUAUCUGUACAUUAUAUCACAUGUUAAUAGAAAAUAAGCAUUUUC